CUCAGGCAUCGCGACAGCUUUUCUCGCAUUCUCAUAUUUUCGCAAACAUGCUCUGUAAUCUGUGUCAAAAUAUCCAAUUCAGGAGAUACCUUGAAUUAACCAGAGAAGAGAAGAUCGAACUCCUAACAAAUUGGGACGAAUGGCCCCCAGAUGCUUAUCACGAAGAUGAAGUUUUGAGCAAUGACGCGGGGCUCGUUGGAAUCGACGAAUCUUUUUACUUCCAUCAUCGCAACUUGGAAUCGCUGCGGAAAGCGGCAGAUGACGGUUGUCAUUUCUGCUAUCAAAUAUUCUACGGGCUACUUGAAACCACAGUACUUGAUCACAAUGUCAAGAAUAGUUCCGAGAGUUUGUACCUCAAUCUUCAACCACCUUGUCUCGAAAAACCCGAAAGGGAACAUCUUUAUCAUGGAGAUCUCGACGUGCGCCUUGGAGCGGACUCUCUAGGCAGUAUGAGAUUGAGAUAUCUAGAUGAUUUUGUCAAGUUUUCUCCUAGCAGCCACAACAUGGAACACAAUUCGAGUACUGGAUCUUCUACAAAUCUGAAUUUAGCAUCUAGCUGGCUUUAUGAUUGCGCAAACUACCAUGAACACUGUUGCCACAAGCCUCAAAUGAAAUCGAUACUACCACACAGGGUGCUAGACCUUAGGGAUCGGGGGAACGCACGGAAAGUCUUUCUCUCUGUUGGCGAAGACCGAGUUGGAUCGUAUGCUGCACUCAGCUACUGCUGGGGCAAAUCCGAAAGUAAACCCAAAUACCUCACAACAAAGGAAAAUCUUAAGCAACAGCAGAAAGCUGUUGAUACAACAACUCUUCCAAAGAGUUUCACCGACGCCAUAGUUGUGUGCCAACAUCUCGGCAUUCGAUUUCUCUGGAUCGAUUCGAUUUGUAUUAUUCAAGACGAUAAGAGUGACUGGAAGACGCAAUCUGAACGGAUGGGAGACAUCUAUUCAAAUGCUACAUUGACCAUAUCUGCUGCAAUUGGAGAAGAUAGCCAUUCCGGGCUCUUUUCUGAUCGAGAUCCCCGAACGACAUAUCCUUGUACGCUAAACUUUCAAUACCCCAACGAAGAUGGCGUUAUUACAAAGGGAGCAUUCCUUACGUGCCGGGAUUCGUAUUGGCCAAAGACUGCGCACUUGGACACGCGUGGCUGGACAUUCCAAGAGAAAUACCUGUCACCGCGUACUUUACACUUCCAUGAAACGGAAAUGUCCUGGACCUGUGCCUCCAGCAUUGCAUCUGAAGGGUUACCUAUGAGCCUACAACCCUUGACCAACAAGUCAGAUUUCGACAAGUAUAUCAAGGUGGACACAAAUAGGGCUCUUCCAACUCAGAUAGAGAUGGUGCAAAAAUACCACUGGUGGUACCAAACUAUGGAGAUAUACAGCCACCGUAAUUUCACGUUCGAAUCUGAUAGGCUAAUGGCCUUAGCUGGAUUAGCCUCGGCAUUUCAAUGCUCAGACGAUGAGUUCCUGUACGGUUUAUGGAAAUCAGACUUGGUUCACGGAUUAGCUUGGAGAUUUGAUGGCCAACAGAAAGAAAUUGCUGCGGAGACCAGCUCAAUGUCACCGAUACCGACAUGGUCAUGGGCAUCUCGCCCUGGCAACAUCAUCACUUACUCUAACAGCGAUUUGCCUCCUGGGGUCUUUAUGGAACUCAAUGAAUCCAUAACCUCAUACUACAUCCCUGAAGGCAGUCUCAAACACACCUUUAUCGAAGUUUUAGGCGUGGAACCUAUGCCUCAAGCUACAAAUUCGUCUUCUUUAUCCACAUUCACAGGUCGAUCUUUAAGGUUACGAGGCCUAGUGAUAAGAAUCAGUCUAACAGAAAGUUCUAUGGCAUAUGAUAGCUCUAGUUGGUCGACCAAAACAUCCCGGACGUUGUUCCGAGACGCUUUCACGUUGAAAAAUCGGAAAUGCAAACGAUUCCUAGGAGACGUAUUCUAUGAUGAGCCAGUCGUGAAGGGUGAUAAUCUCUAUUGUCUACCGCUUAGCGUUUUGCCUUUGGCAGCCCACAAGGUGUCAAUGCGUCCUAAUGAUGCCAAUGCGCAGACUCAACGUCCCUUUGGAGACAUUGCUAUCGAUAAGUUAGUAUCUAUGCAAAAUAUGAGUUUAGAGCUCGAAGGACGCACGCUGCCAUUAAUGACAUGGUGUGCUGGUCUUAUAUCUUGCUGUAGGAUGGAAAGGAAAGAUACAUUAAGUUGCCUGCUAUUAAAGAUAGUUGAUGCAGAAGAAAUGAGGUUUCGAAGAGUUGGCUAUGUGGAGAUCAUGGAUGGUCGUUUAUUUGAAGGGCUAGCACCUAUCACUCUUGAGAUCAGAUAAGAGACAGUAAUAGUCAGUUCCGCC